CAUUGAAGGAGAUUUGUAUGUAAAAUUGAACAAGAGCCACCUGACCUAGAUGAGAAUUGUGUCUAAUGGCGAGGCUAUCCAGACACGUUUACGAAAAGGCCAAUGGUUAUGAAUAUAAAAGCCAUUAAGUAAAAUUAUGAAUAGCCAAGAACCCACCGAAAUAAACAAAUGGGGAAUUGAACUACGAGCUAAAGCCUAUUGGAACCGCUGUCGACGGCGUGUUAAUGAGGAGACACAGAGACAGAGAGAGAGAGAGAGAGAGAGCCCAGCGCCACCGGCAGUCGAUAAACACCCGGUUAGCAUUGGCUGCCAAAAUUGGGAAAAGGGUCACGUAGCCAGCAUUAAACAGAAAUCACAAGCCGAUUCGAUCGGGCCAACAUAAUCAAAGCCGUGCCGAGCGAACGAGAACAGCAACUAGCUAGCCAGCCAGCUGCUAGGAGGCCUACAAUCGAAAGUGACGAGCAUAAAUUAUGAACGACAGAUCUGAUCGGGAGGCCCCUAUAAAUAGGCCGAGCUCUUGGGCAACUCAGAACAGAAUUGAGUCGAUCGUCAAAAUGGCUAAAGCUACUUCAACACUUCUGCUGCUAGGCUUCGCCGUCCUGGCCAGUGCGGAGCCACUGCGUCAAAGAUUUGUGCCGCGACGUGGCCUCGCACGGCAGGAGCAGGCGCCACCAAGUCCUGCGCCCACCGGCUACCCAGAGGCUGGCAUCACUCCCGAAGUGCCCUUUGAGCUGCCAAGCUCCACUGCACAGCCGGAAGUGAAGUAUCUGCCUCCAGAUAAUACCUAUGGUCCACCGGACAGCGUCUAUGGGCCACCCACCAGUGGGGAUGACCAGCCACAACCAGACGAUUUGCCCGAGCCCCAGCCGGAGCCGGAGCAGCCCAUCGAAACGGACGACAUACCAGAAGAGGAGACUCCUGUUGAUGCGAAGCAGCAGCCCGGCGCAGAUGCAGAUGAGGAGGAAGUGCUCGUGCAAGUGGCCGAGGAUGGUACCGUGAUCGCUGUCUCCACGACCCUCGAUCAGCCCGAGGAUAAGAAGUCCGCCAGAAUCUAUCAACGCUUCCCACAGGCUCGCCGCAGGCAGGCGCCAGUGCCGGAGCGCCUGGUGCUGCGCCGCAGCUGGUAAAAUUGUAACCUAAGUCAUGUAAAAGCUAUUAAUAAAGUUGGCCAUAGCCACAUAAAAU